AUGUCCUUCUCCCACAAGCAAAACCCUAAGACCUUGGUGUUGUUCGAUGUCGACGGCACCUUGACCCCAGCCAGAUUGACCAUCUCCGAUGAGAUGAAGCAGACCUUGGAGGCCUUGAGAAAGAAGGUUGUCAUUGGUUUCGUUGGUGGCUCCGACCUUUCCAAGCAGGUUGAGCAGCUCGGUCCUACCGUCUUGCAAGAUUUCGACUACUGCUUCUCCGAGAACGGUUUGACUGCCUACAAGCAGGGCACUGAGCUUGCUUCCCAGUCUUUCAUCCAGUGGAUCGGUGAUGAGAAGUACAACAAGCUCGUCAAGUUCAUCUUGCGUUACUUGUCUGACAUCGACAUCCCAAUUAGAAGAGGUACUUUCAUUGAGUUCAGAAACGGUAUGAUCAACGUUUCUCCUGUCGGUAGAAACGCCUCCACCCAGGAGCGUAACGAGUUCGAGAAGUUUGACCUUGAGAACAAGAUCAGAGAGAAGCUUGUGGCUGCUUUGAAGGAGAACUUCAGCGACUACGGUUUGACCUACUCUAUUGGUGGCCAAAUCUCGUUUGACGUGUUCCCAACCGGUUGGGACAAGACCUACUGCUUGCAGCACGUUGAGGACGAGGGAUUCACCGAGAUUCACUUCUUUGGUGACAAGUCCUACGAGGGUGGUAACGACUACGAGAUCUACAACGACUCAAGAACUAUUGGCCAUGCCGUUAACGAGCCUGCCGACACCAUCAAGAUCUUGAAGGAGUUGUUUGACUUGUAA